AUAUCACACCAACUGACUGGUUCUUAUGAUGUUGUUCACACAGGAGACCAUGUUGAGAAAUUCUCUAUAUCCAGAGAGCAACAGCAGGAAGAUCACAGAGCUAAGAGGUCUCACCACUGCCCACAUUGUGAGGAGAUUUUCCCAUUUCUAUCAAAGCUAAAAAUACACCUAAAAAUACACACAGGAGAGAAUCUGUAUUCCUGUACUGACUGUGGGAAGGAUUUCACAAAAUUAAAGGUUCUGAUAGUUCAUCAGAGAGUGCAUGAACGGAUACAUACAGGAUUGAAGCCUUACUUCUGCUCUGACUGUGGAAAGAGUUUCUCUCGACUGGGCACCUUAAAAAGACAUGAACAUAUACAUACAGGAGAGAAGCCUUACUCCUGCUCUGACUGUGGGGCAAGUUUCUCUCGACUGGGCCACCUAAAAACACAUGAAGGUAUACAUACAGGAGAGAAGCCUUACUCCUGCUCUGACUGUGGAAAGAGUUUCUCUAGACUGGGCCACCUAAAAACACAUGAACGUAUACAUACAGGAGAGAAGCCUUACUCCUGCUCUGACUGUGGGAAGAGUUUCUCUCUACUGAGCAACUUAAAAGCACAUGAACGUAUGCAUACAGGAGAGAAGCCUUACUCCUGCUCUGACUGUGGAAAGAGUUUCUCUCGACUGGGCCACCUAAAAACACAUGAACGUAUACAUACAGGAGAGAAGCCUUACUUCUGCUCUGACUGUUUAAAAUGCUUCACAACAUCAAAUGACCUAAACGUUCAUCAGAGAACACACACAGGAGAGAAGCCUUACUCCUGCUCUGAUUGUGUAAAAUGCUUCACAACAUACUCUGGUCUUGAAAGUCAUCAGAGAACACACACAGGAGAGAAGCCUUACUUCUGCUCUAAUUGUGUAAAAUGCUUCACAUCAUCAACUAACCUAAAAAUUCAUCAGAGAACACACACAGGAGAGAAGCCUUACUCCUGCUCUGACUGUGGAAAGAGUUUCUCCCGACUGGGCAACUUAAAAAGACAUGAACGUAUACAUACAGGAGAGAAGCCUUACGUCUGCUCUGACUUUGUAAAAUGAUUCACAACAUCAACUGAGCUAAAAGGAAAUCAGAGAACACACACAGGAGAGAAGCCUUACUCCUGCUCUUGACUGUGGAAAAUGCUUUACAACGUCAACUGAGCUAAGAGUUCAUCAGAGCACAAACACAGGAGAGAAGCCUUACUGUUGCUCUGACUGUGGGAAGAGUCUCUCCCAACAGAUCCACUUAAAAUGUCACCAGCGAAUACACACAGAAGAGAAGCCUUACUCCUGCUCUGACUGUGCGAAGAGUUUCUCCCGAUUGGCCACCUUAAAAACACAUCAAUGUAUACAUACAGGUGAGAAGCCUCAUCAGUUGUCUCAGACCAGCCAUGAUUAGUCACUACAUCACCUCAUUCUCAUCUCAUAAAGGAAGUGGUAACAGUGAAUUUGAUAACGUUAACACUCUAUUGUAAUCAUAUUUUUGUUCUCACUGUGUUAACUGUGCAGAGGAAAGGGAGCAUUAUAGAAUGCCAUUGAAAAUGAUCAUUCUCCAUCUUUUUUACUACAAAACAUAGAAACGCAUCAACAUGUACUUUAGCAUUUUAGCUAAUAAGCAACAACAUUGCAUGACCAAAAGUAUGUGGACUCCUG